AUGGGUCAAAAAAUUGCCAAUAAGCAAACCCUUGUUGCCGUUAUGCAGCGACCUAGCAAAGACUGGGAUGCCCGCCGAACCCCGUUGGAUGCUCGACUGCUGCGCGUCAACACCGAUGCCUGCCUGGCUCGUCAAACGAUUAGAACAACAGCGCGGAUAUGCGGUAGCUCUGACUCCAACUGUUUGCAUCCCUCCAUGGCAAUUGAUAACUUGUUCGCAGAGAAAUGGCGGCCGCCUCAUGGCACUACAGUGCACUAUCGUCCUGAGCUCCAGGCGAUCGUUACACCGCCUCUGGCUUUGCUCUAUUCGCCUCAUUGUCGAGCCAUGAUCAAGCUCUGGCCUCUGACUGACAACUACGAGCAGAGGGUGCUUCCUUACAUUGAUCAUUCCAUUGCUCUGGUACUGGCUGGUCUUCGUCAUCAAAUGCACCCGGCUCUGGCUCAGGGCAAGGAUUCGCCAAUCCGGCAAAUUGGAACACGACAAGAUAGGAGAUGCUUGGAAUUCUCGCAGUGUGUCGUCCGCGGAGGCUCGGCUUCGCACACAGGCCCACUCGUCUUCCUUUCGUUGUUCUUCCCGCCCAGACUCGGGCAAAUGCAGAACCAGAGUGUCGGGUCGUUAGUCCCAGGGGUCAAGGGUCGAGAAGCGUCAUCACCGCUGCCAGCUCAUCUAACCCCGACAUCAGCCUCAGACAUUACCACGGACCCCGGGAUGUUUUGGUAUGCAGCCCCGAACAGAAGCGGGAAAGUCGUGGAACCGAGCCAGCAACGACCAAUCACCCAGCUAGGACCAAGACACAGCCCAUCCAUCGUCUCGGUCCAACACGACCAUGCUGGAAAGAAUCGCGAGUCCAAUUUCGACUGCUAA